AUGUUCAGGGAUAUGACUGGCAAGGAUAAACCGAAUCGACUGAAACAAUGGCACAUUGUCGCACUGUCCGCCAUCAUCAUCUCGAUCAUCGUGUUCGUCGCGUCGCUGGGCAUUCUGAUCGGGCUUCCGUCGAUGGUCGAGAAGAACAUCAGAGAGGUAAGUCCUAUAUUUUUUUGAGGUUUCGACGUUGUAAUAGCCAGACGAAUUAUUGUUUUAUUAUCUCCUAAGGUUUUGUUUUGAUCCAUUGGGGUUUUGACGUAAUAUUAUCCAUGCGGUCUUGAUGUUGAAAAACGACUAUUUUUUGAUCUGCUUGCCCUUUUAUAUUUUCUACAUGGUGUAGGAGGUUUUAUUCUGGCUAAAUUUUAUAUUUUGUCCUGUUUCUUUGCCUCGUUUUGGCAGUUUUUAUCCAUGGGCAUCUGAUGUAUAAAAUUCGCUAAAAACAGUUGAUUUUUAAUGUUGGCUACGCUGAGAGGGCUUUAAAAUGACAUUGUAAUGUCUGAGACACAAUAUUAUUGCCUGUUUCCCCGUUUCUUCGCCACUUUUUAUAUUAUCCAUGACGUAUUUCAGGCCUCCAGUCUAACCAAAGGUAGCGAUUUGUUGGACAAAUGGAUGAAACCGAAUUACAAGAUCAAACGGAAGAUAUCCACCUUCUCCGUGAAGAACCCGGACGCUGUUGUGAACGGGAGUCGUCCCAUUUUGACCAAGAAGGGUCCUUAUGUUUUCGAUGAGAGACAGCGACGAGAGGUAAGCGCGGCUAAUAAUGAAAUUCCUUGUUUUUUCUUCCAGGUGCUCUCGAGUGGGAACGGGACCAUAAAAUUCAAGACAUACCAUACUUAUUUCUUCAAUGAGGGUGAUUCAUGUCCCGAAUGUUACCUCCACAAUCGCGUUUGGGUACCGAACAUCAUCUUUCAAGUGAGUUUUGCCCUGAUUACGUCAUUCGACACUGUUUUACUUGAAUUCAAGCCAUUUUCCAUUCAAUUUAAAAAAAAAUAUAUUACACUAGACAAAUUUUCCAAAAAUAAUGUCAAAAAUUGUUCCAGAAGUUCGUGGAAGCCGCUACAAAACCCACGAUGAAGGCCGCAACGGCCGCUCUUCUCGUUCAAACUCCAUUCUUAGAGGUCGAAGUAUCCGAAUUGCUUUUUGAUGGAUAUGCGGACCCAUUUCUGGACCAAGUCUGUGCAAUCCCGUUUGUAAAUUUUAUCUGCGAAUCCAUUCUUGACCUUCCCGAACGAAUUGGACUGCUUUACGGGGUAAGUUUCAACCUACCUGAGGUUUUCUAUAUUACACUAGGCGUUUUUUUGAAAGUAAAAGUUGUAAAAUUUGGUGAGAUGGCGAGUAUUGAUAGUGUUUUUUGCAAAAUGCAUCCGUUUACGGUGUUUUCAAACCGGAAAUCGGCAUCUACAAAGAGAGAAAACAUAUUUUUGACCUCAUUUUACCGUAUUCAUGAUGAAAAAUUCGUUUUUUAGACGAAUAAUACCGCCACCGGAAUCUAUGAAGUCUCCGAUGGAUACAGCGACUAUGGUGAGAGUUUGGGGAAAGUUAUCAGCUGGAAUUCGCAAAAUAUUUUGCCGGAUAGUUGGUGGUCCACGGAGGAAGCGAGGACGAUCAAUGGCACUGAUGGCGGCCUUUUCCGGCCGUUUGUUUCCAAAAAAGAACCGCUCAAAGUGUUCAGCGCUGAACUUUGCAGGUAAGUGAACGCCAUAUUUUAUCGUUUACUACUAUUUAGAAGAAGUUUCAGACAAAAAUUUCUUCGAUUUUUAGGACAAUUGAAUUGGUUUACAAAGAAGAAGUGGAUCACGACGGAAUCACUGCGUACCGCUAUGUUCUGAACCCCGCAGUCCUCGAUUACAACCAGAAAAAGAACAAGGGAUUCUGUAUUGCCUCGGGGAAGAAGUUUUAUGCGGCGCAGAACGAAUCGUGCCUCCCAAAUGGCCUUCUUGAUCUGUCGAGAUGUCAGAAAGGCGAACCGCCCAUCGUCAUGUCCAUGCCCAACUUUUUGUAUGCCCCCGACUAUGUGCGCGACUCGAUCGAUGGCUUGGAAAAACCGGAUCCGGACCGCGAUGAGAUCGAGGUGGACCUGGAACCCCGUCUGGGUGCCGUCCUGAAGGCUCGCCGAAAGCUGCAGAUCAAUGUCGCCAUGUGGAACGGAAGGAAUUUAUCCAUGCCGUAAGUUGAAUCGGCUCUUUUGAUGAGUCUAUUUAUGAUCUGGGAGUAAUUUGCAACCUAUUUCAGAGGUCUGGAUCUCAGCCGCUUCUACAACGCGAUCGUCCCGGUCAUCGAAAUCAAUGAGGACGUCGAAAUCGACGACGAAAACUUCCGAUUGAUCAGACAGAAGCUCAUUGGCACCGAAGCCGCCGUUAAAUUCGCUGGAACUAGUGGUGUCAUCUUCUCAUUGGUUGCGGGAGUCAUGGUCGUCAUCUAUAUUGGGCAUAGAGUAAGAAAACACAACUUUUUCUUAUUGUUUCACCUUAUUUUAGACCGGCCGAAUUCGAAAGGUCGUCCGUCAAGUAACAAUUCGCCAACAAACUGUUCGACAAGCCAAAGACACAGAAUACCCCCCGAAGGUGGUGGAGCAAUCGACCAUCUGA